UGGUAGGCCAGACGUGUAGAUAACAGAGGGGAAGUUAGGGAUUGUUUGUCAACACGCCUUCCUUGAAAAGCCGCUGUACAUCACUAGAGUAGAUAUAGAACUACCCAAAUGCAUAGGUUCAGGCGAUAGUAAAACAUUGGAGUAUAACUUUCCCAACCACCAAAGACAUCACAGAAGAGAGAGCAAUACGUUUUCCUCUAGGCACGGGAAUAAAAACGCUGGACCCAUGGUGGCCGGCGGCACUCACCUGGAUCCCCCGUCCAAGCCUGGGGCCAACCAGGUGGCCGACGUAGUCUUCGUCAUAGAGGGGACGGCCAACUUAGGACCCUACUUUGAGUCCCUCCGGAAGAAUUACAUUUUACCUGCUAUUGAGUAUUUCAAUGGCGGACCACCAGCAGAGACUGACUUUGGAGGAGAUUAUGGGGGUACACAAUAUGGACUUGUGGUGUUCAACACGGUGGAUUGUGCUCCAGAGUCCUAUGUCCAGUGCCACGCUCCCACCAGCUCAGCUUUUGAGUUUGUCUCUUGGAUUGACAGCAUACAGUUCAUGGGCGGAGGAGCGGAGAGCUGCAGCCUGAUUGCAGAGGGCCUCUCAGUGGCCCUGCAGCUCUUUGACGACUUCAAGAAGAUGAGGGAACAGAUUGGACCAACCCAUAAGGUGUGUGUGUUGCUGUGUAAUUCUCCGCCUUACCUGUUGCCUGCUGUGGAGAGUGUCAGCUACACCGGCUGCACCGCUGACAACCUGGUCCAGAUCAUCAGAGAUAAAGGAAUCCACUUCUCAGUGGUGGCACCCAGGAAGCUGCCAGCCUUGAGGUCGCUGUUUGAGCGGGCGUCGACGGGGAGCGGGCCCCCGGAGUCCUCCCUGCCCGAUUACUGCCAGGACCCCUUCCACAUGGUGCUGGUGCGGGGCAUAGCACUGCCAGUUGCCCCGGGAGGAAGUGCGGGGGCGGUGUCCCUGAAGCCCGUGUUGCCCCCCCAGCCCAUGCCUGGCAACCAGCCCCCCAUCGGCGUGAACUCCCAGGCCCCGCCACAAAUCAACACAAAUCACCCAUGCCAGCCGACGGCCUCUCUCAAUGCUGCUGCUGCCGCUGCCGCCUUGGCCGUGGAAAUCGCACACAACCAAAAGCAGAGCCGAUUCGGGAUGAUGAACACCGGUCCCCCCUUCGGCAACCAGCCCUCGGUGGCCGGAGUCAAGCUCUCCACGUCUAGCCAGCCCAGCCUGGCCACCGUCACCACCGUCUCCACGCCCCUGUUGCCCCAGCAACAGGCUCCACCUCCACAACAACAGCAGCAGCAGCCACAGGUCCCGCCUCCUGGCCCGCCCAAUCAGCAGCCUCAGAUGCCUCCCCAGCAGCCGCCAGGAGCCAAUCAGCAGACUCCUCCAUCCUCCCAGGCCGGCAUGGUGGGAGCUCUCAGCAUGCCGGGAGUGGCUGGUGCUCAGGCUGGCAACAACCCCAUUGGCCAGCAGCAAGGAGUGGCCAAUAAGAUCGUGGCUUGGAGCGGGGUGCUGGAGUGGCAGGAGAAGCCCAAAGCCACCAUUGACUCCAACACCAAGCUGACCCGCUCGCUGCCCUGCCAGGUGCAAGUCAACCAGGGGGAAAACCUAAACACAGACCAGUGGCCACAGAAGCUCAUCAUGCAGCUCAUCCCUCAGCAGCUUCUGACAACACUGGGGCCGCUGUUCAGGAACUCGCGCAUGGUGCAGUUUCUAUUCACCAACAAGGACGUGGAGUCCCUCAAAGGCCUGUAUCGCAUCAUGACCAGUGGCUUUGCGGGCUGUGUCCACUUCCCCCACAGUGCCCCGUGUGAGGUGCGGGUGCUGAUGCUGCUCUUCUCCUCCAAGAAGCGCAUCUUCAUGGGCCUCAUCCCCAACGACCAGAGCGGCUUCGUCAACGGCAUCCGGCAGGUCAUCACCAACCACAAGAACCACCAGCAGCAGCAGCAGCAGAGGGCGCAGGGCAUGGCUCCAGCCGGGCAGAUGCAGCAGGGCCAGGUGCCCCCCAACCAGAACUUCCUCAACAGGGCCCCCCUCCAGCCGGGCCACGCCAACGUACAGCAGUCCGUGGUGGCUGGCAUGCCUCCUGUUAGUCAGGUCUCCAUGAUGGAAGACCAACAGAGGCAGAACACCAUGCUGACCAUGCGAGCGGCCGCCACAGCCAAUCAGCAGCCUCCGGUCAGCGGCGCGCCACCGAAUCAGGUGGCUCAGGGGCAGGCCCAGUCGGCCGCCAUGCUCCGCCUACCCAACCCGGGAGCCAACCCGCAGCUCCGAAGCCUCCUGCUCAGCCAGCAGCAGCCGCAGCCUGGUGUGGGUCAUAUGCAGGGCAUGUUGCCUGGGCUGCAGGGUCUGGGACAGCAGAUGGUCCACCCCACGCCAGGAGGGGGCGCUCCCAUGCAGCCCCAGUGGAGGCAGCCUCUCUCAGGUCAAAUGUUGAUGACUGCAGGGCCCCGUGGGCCGGUCAACCAGGGUCCCGGCAUCCCUCCAGUCUCCAGCUCCAUGGAGGACGAGAUCCUCAUGGACCUCAUCUGAAGAUCUGAAGCUGCAUGCCAGCGGAGCGGCCGCGGCAUGCUAAACAUGAUGGACUAAUACUGUACAGUGCCCACCAUCAGGGACCUUUUUUUGUGACGAUAGUUUCUCUACCCUUCUUUUUUUACUGUAAACAAAACCAAACAAGGAAAUUAUUAUGACGCCUUUUUUUUCGCCAUCUUCUUCUCUUUGAUCAGUUAAACAGAACAUUUAUUACAUACAGUAAGGUGAAAUCAGGUAAAUUGGGCCACUUUUUCCAUUCACUCAUAUGCAGAAAAAUGUGGCCCAAUUUACCUUAAUUCACCCUGCAUGCACAGAACAUUUAUUACAAUACAGUACAUGCACAGAACUGAAUGAAAUACAUAUAGGACCUGGACACUUUGACUUCAUGCAGCCAAAUGCACUGUCUGAUUUCAGUGAAAUGAUGAGCUUGUGACUAGACAACCCCGUCUAGGGAACUGCCGAAGACUGAGAGACAUCAUCGAGUGUGAAUUAGUCCUCUUCAGAAAUGACCUCCUUUUUUUUAAUCAGUACAGACACACUUCUCAUUACCCUUCCCAUUAGCCUGUCUCUAUGUUUUAUUUUUAAGGUAAUCUUAAGUUGUGAACUGUAGGCAUAAUAAAUUGAAAUCAGUUGGAUACUUGA